AUGAUCGACGAGCACAAGAAAUACUGCAAAGGUCAACGCCGACAAAUGGCCGAGCGGCGUUUCAAAUGUGUUGAAAACCGCCUCACCAAGUCACCCGAGCUCUACGAAAAAAUGCGACAGCAGAUAACCGACUACCAGGCGAAAGGUUAUGCCCAUCAAGCUACGCCACAGGAACUACAAGAAUCGAAUCCUAAACGCGUAUGGUACCUUCCGAUAAACUGCAAAUUGUCUGGGAUGCAGCCGCCGCAAUGCAAGGAGUCUCAUUCAAUUCAGUGCUACCAAAAGUUCCGGAUUUGUUGGUACCCCUCCAAACCGUGCUUUGUCGAUAUCGGCAGAGAAAAAUUACCCUUAGCGCGGAUAUUAUGGAAAUGUUCCAUCAAGUGCAAAUACGACCAGAGGAUCGACAUGCUCAAAGCAUGUUCCACCCAGUAUGCCAAGAAUGUAAAUGCCGACGACCACGCAGAAGAGUUUCCAAAAGCAGCCAUUGCGAUCAAGGAGAACCAUUAUGUCGACGACUAUUUGGAUAGCAUUGGCAGCGUCGACGGAGCAGUUCAACUGGAUAUUGAAGUAAAAACAGUCCACGACCGAGCAGGAUUUCAAAUAAGACAUUGGACGUCGAACUCCGCCGAAGUGCUUAAACGAAUCGGCGAACAAAAUUCUCAAGCAGUGAAAAGCUUUGUAAUGGACAAAGGCAGCCAGCAAGAACGCAUUUUAGGAAUGGUCUGGUUGCCCAGCGAGGACAUGUUCUCGUACACGACAAAUUUCCGUAGCGAUUUGAAACGCCUUUUCGACUUAGCAGUCAUCCCUACCAAACGAGAGGUCCUGAGGCUGGUGAUGAGUCUGUUCGACCCUCUGGGUCUCGUUGCAUCGUUUGUCGUCGAGGGAAAAGUCAUUAUCCAAGAAAUUUGGAGGGCAAAGGUCGGUUGGGACGAAAGUAUCCCAUCCGAUAUCGUUCCUCGAUGGCAACAGUGGUUGGAGGUACUACGGACGCUGGAUAAAGUAAAGAUUCCCAGAUGCUAUUUCCCAAAAUACAACAAGGAAGCCUACGGAUCACUCGAACUACACGUCUUCGUUGACGCGAGCGAGAGCGCCUUCGCUGCAGUCGCCUACUUUAGAAUCGUCGAUAAAGGACAUGUUCGAUGCUGCUUAGUGGGAGCGAAAACUAAAGUAGCUCCUCUGAAACAACUCUCCAUCCCUCGCUUGGAACUACAGGCAGCUACGAUUGGAGCACGGCUUAGGAAGUCUAUCAACAACAGCCACACCGUGGCUAUCAAACGCCGAUUAAUGUGGAGCGAUUCUCGGACUGUUCUCUCAUGGCUCCGGUCAGAUAAAAGGCGAUACCGACAAUUCGUUGCAUUCCGUGUCACGGAGAUACUAGAGGAGACAAGCGUGGGCGAUUGGAAAUGGGUGCCGUCUAAACAGAACGUGGCGGAUGAAGCCAUAAAAUGGGGGAAAAGCCCUGACUACAUCGAGAGCUGUCGCUGGUUCAAAGGUCCUGCAUUUCUAUACGAGGACGAGAGUCAAUGGCCUGUGGAAGACCCCCUGGCGAAGGAAUACACAAACGGAGAGCUGCAGAACGUCCACGUUAACCCGCAGAUUUCGGUCGAGCUGAUCAUUCAAUUCCAACGAUUCUAUAAAUCGCACGCGAAUGAAUCGCCGGAUGUCCCAAUGGCGCGGUCCAAUACAGUAAAGUAG